GCGAAGGGGUCGUCGAAGACGGCGUCGUCCUAUUUCUCUCAUGAGCUCCACGGCAGCAUCAACGUGAAGCAGUUGGAAUAUGCCUGCCAUGCCCUGGUGCAGCGGCACGAAGUUGUGCGUGCUCGUUUCGUUGCCCUCCACGGCUCUGUCCAGCAGGUGAUUCCCAGGUAUCGAGCAGAAGAUGUCCGAUUUCAGGUACUCGAAGGGUUCGGUGAGAUGCACAGUCUCGGUCCCUCUGCCAGUCUAGUUCAUACUGAUCCUGGCUUUCUCCUUGAAUGAUGUCCUGCUUCGUUUCGUACUUCACCCAGGCCGUAUUCGUCUCACGAUGCGAACCUCUCAUGCCCAAUAUGACGGACUCAGCAUGCCUUUCAUUCUCAAGGACCUGGACGCAUUAUACAACGGGAUUGUCUUGGCCCCUCCGGCCAGGUUCUCGGAAUACGUGGAGGAAAGCGAGCGACUCCUUUCCCAAAACAAGCACGCUCAGCAGUUCUGGCGUCAACUGCUGCAAGGAUCAGAAGUCAGCCCCAUCGUGGCACCCAGCAAGCUCUCCUCGUACUCGUUACAGAAAGACCAUCCCCUGGAUCAGACCACAAUUCGGACUAUUCGACUGUCACCAUCAACUUCCGACGCCUCCACCACCCCGGCCACGAUCAUCAAGGCCGCCUGGGCACUCGUGCUCGGCCGUCUCUCGCAACAUCAGGACGUGGUCUUCGGUCACUUGACCAACACUCAACCCCGCUUGGAUCAUCUGCCAGCCAUUCAUGAGGUCGUCGGUCCCUGUCUCAAUGUGCUUCCUGUGCGCGUCCAGCUCCAGCCGACUACCACACGAAGGGAGCUGCUGAAUACGUUUCAACAGCAAUAUAUCGGCGCCUUGCCCCAUUCCAUGUUAGGCUUCGGCGAGAUCAUCGACCACUGCACAAAAUGGCCGCCAACCACCCGAUUGAGUUCCAUCCUGCAAGAACAAAACCCGCACCAGGACCUGGACAGUGUUCUUCUUGACGGAGCUACAGGGAGUCUCGAAGCUUAUGUACCUGCCUCUGGCGCUGCCGACCUCUGGAUGAUGGUAACUCCCACGGACAAUUAUGGGGCCGAGAGACUGCAUGAGAUCAAACUGAGCUACAGCGCCGCAACUAUGCCCUCUUCCAUUGCAGAUCGCAUUCUCGACGAAUCUGCCGAUGCAAUUUCGUUCCUCCAGGUCCCUCAUAGUUGGGGGCAGAUGAAUCAAUUGAGGUGGUGGAGGUAUGGUAUGAUGGUUAUAUGGAAUCUCCAUUACUAG